AUGCAGAAUGGCUCGAUAGCAGAAUCCGGCCAAAAUGCCAUCUCAACUCUCCUGCAGCCGCCAAUCGUCAGAACUGGCUUGCUUCCGCACACUUCCGCCCCCUCAAGUGGCUAUAAGCCCCCAUCCACCAGGGAUAUUCCCCCUGUCACGUUAACGAAUAUUCCACGGGUGGAAUCUGCGUCCUUUCAGUCGUACAUCUCGCAGAUCGGAACCCACUACGACUCUCUACACCGCUCGAAGGAAAUCGAAAAUAAAAACGACUCUCCAUACCGGCAGAAUGCUGAGACACCAAAGAGCCCUGAGUUGGAUACUAUCUUAUCUCAACAGCUAGAUAGGCGCCAGUCGACUUCAAGCUCACUGUACCCGUCAUCAGCGGAUGCACUCAGCCGGAGAGGCUCGGCACUGAGCCACAAGGCCCGCGGACCAUCUACUACCCCUUUAUCAACUAUCCCCAAGAUCUAUUUUGACGAGAAUUUUCAACUUGAGAAUCCAAGGACCUUCGAUAUCGUCUCCGAACGUUCCGAAGUGAUCAGUUCCCAGAAACCAUCUAGUGCAGCUGACAGUCUGGUUGAAAUUCAACCAACAAAGCGGAAAGCCCUCGCAACCAAUGCAAUCUUACAAGAAAAGCUAUCCUGGUACUUGGACACCGUUGAGAUUCAUCUCAUUUCUUCUAUAUCAACCGCGUCUACCUCAUUCUUUUCCGCCUUAGGCUCCUUGAAAGAACUGCAAGCCGAAGCCGAAGCUUCCGUACAAAAAAUUCAAACAUUACGGAACGACCUAGCCAAGUUGGACAAUGAUAUGGCAUUAGGAGGGCUUCGGGUCGUCAAUCUCCGUCGACGACGAGAAAACGUUCGCAAACUUGCCAACGCUGUUACCCAGUUACAGGCCGUGAUCACGUCAGUUUCUCAAUGUGAACAAAUGGUUCAGGAGGGAGAUAUCGAAAACGCCAUUGAUGAACUUGACGACGCUGAAAGAUUGAUUGCUGGUAAAAGCGCUAUAAGACCACGGGUAGAGCUGGCGGGUGAGUCGAUUAUUGACUUGCGUGGGAUUAAAGCCUUAGAAGGAGCGUCUGAUGACCUAGCUCAGCUUCGGUAUAGAAUUGGGACGGGCUAUGAAACUCGUUUUCUAGAGACCCUUCUUCAGGACCUCCGAGAUCAUGUCGAUGCUGUGCCACCUGAGGUUACGCUCCUCCGACUAGGGGACACGUUUCAACGAUCUCGCCGGGCUAGCCGUCAACCCCUAGCAUCACCAAGGUACAUCAACAUGGAUGAUGGACUGCGAUCGAGGCUAGGUAGAGACUUGGCCGGUCUUGGGCGUUCCCGCCAUACCAUGCCCGCCGCAACGGCCUUUAAAAAUGUAAUUUUACGAGAAAUGAAAAGCAUCAUCAGACGACAGCUACCAAGCUCCAGCGAGGAUGACGCUGAAUCAAUUAUGUCAGCGUCAACCCACGGUGGGAGACAGCUCACUCAACAAGAAAAAUCUACCAUCCUGGCUCGCAACUUACGAGCCUUGGACCCCGAUGAUGCCCAUAACAUGCUGACGAAGGUCUAUACUGGUAUCAGCGAAUCCCUCAGACGCCUCAGUGUCCAAGUGAAGGUUUUGCUUGAUAUCACGAGCGGGUUAGAGCAUUCUGCGAAUCCAGUCUCAGUCCGAUCUCCAACCAGAAGUCCAUCUAUGCCAAACUUUGAAGACGUUGCCAGCCCUGGAGAAGCGGCUACAAUAGCCAAGGAUGAAAUUCUGCAAGUAUUGGACAUGUCGAGCCUACUUGGACAAGCUGUCGAUAUCGUUCAAUCGCAGAUAGUAAAAGUACUCAAAGUGCGACUUGAGCAAAUUGAGCAGUUGACCUUGCCACAGUUCUUGAAAUAUUUCAGCCUGAAUAGGCUCUUUGCUGACGAAUGCGAAGCGAUUUCAGGGAGGAGUGGUGCAGCUCUGAAAACCGUGGUGGAUAAUCAAAUCAAAGCUUAUAUUGGUAGCUUCUCAGAUCGCCACAGACACCGUAUUGUCCAAGUUAUGGAUUCUGACAAGUGGGUUGCAAAAGACUUUGGCGAUUCGGAAACGGUCUUGCUCAACAGAAUUCUUCUGGCGAGCACUGAGGAAAUUGACGCGUGGACAGCAUCAUCAAAAAUAUGGGAAGCUGAGACAGAUGACACCGAAUCUAUACCUGUGACCAAUGGGUCGGCGGUCAAUGGCAAUGGUGUAUCUGCUCCUGCGAAGGAUCGCAUCCGUUGCGCUAUUGUCGAUGAACAAAAGUACAUUUUGCCUGAGUCGGCCAUCCUGAUGGUUAAAGUCAUUGGAGAAUACCAGCAUUUGAUGACAGGAAUACCGAGCAUGAUCCCAGAUAUUGCUUCGAACUUUUUGGAAUGCCUCAAACUCUUCAACUCUCGACUUUCGCAAUUAAUCCUUGGUGCUGGGGCAACGAAAAGUGCUGGGUUAAAAAAUAUUACAGCCAAACACCUGUCACUUGCAUCUCAAGCUUUAAGUCUUAUUAUGUCCCUCACCCCGUAUGUCCGGGAGUUUAUCCGCAGAUAUUGCACGUCUCCUCCGCUUAUGGCUGAAUUCGAUAAAAUACGAAGGCUCUACCAGGACCAUCAGUCCGGAAUUCAUGAAAAGGUAGUUGAUAUCAUGAAUUCCCGUUCUGUUAUCAAUGCAAACUCAAUGAAAAAGAUCGACUGGGAGUUGCAAAAGGAUGUAAAUGCGGUCAGCCCCUAUAUGGAGGUACUAGCAAAGGAAACCGAAACUCUUCACAAAGUUUUAACUAAACAUCUACCCGAGACAACUGUGAUGAUGAUAAUGGCUCCCGUAUUCUCAAAUUAUCGAGACCAGUGGACGAAGGCGUUUCAGUCAGUUACCUUACAUUCUGAGACAGCUCGUCAAAGGAUGCUAUCUGAUGCGCAAUUCUUCAAGUCAAAAGUGGAUAAACUUGACGGAGCUGGUGACUUAGGAGACCAUCUCGUUGGUGUCAUCAAAUCUAAAACUAUUGUGAGCCCACCUGCAAGAACAUCUUCUUCUUCUGAACCCGCAACAAAGGAUUCUCCCGCAUUGUCUGAGACACCUCAGCCCGACCAGCGCAAGGACAACGAGAAUCAACCUUAA